AUGAGUGACAGAAAAAGUAUCUUUAGUAAAACUGAGAAAGUAUUUAUUCUUCGAUGUAUAAAAGUUUACAAGUCAUUACCUGCAUUAUGGGAUAUUAAAUCAAAAGAUUACCAUAAUAGACAAAAAAAGAAUGCUGCUUAUGCAAUUUUAAUUAAUAAAUAUCGAGAAAAAUAUCCAAACGCAACUAGAAAGCAUAUCAUCAGAAAAUUCAGUGUAUUAAGGACAAGUUUCCGAAAGGAACUAAAACGAAUUAACGAUGCCAAACGAAAUGGAACUGAUGUGAAAAAGCCAACUUUAUGGUAUUUUGAAGAAAUGCGUUUCCUUCAAGAAAUACAAAAUUCACGUAGCACAAUGAAUCAAUUUAAGAAGACAGAAGAAAAUAAUUCUAUGACGCAGAUAUAUAAAGAAAAUGAGAACCAGAAAGAGAUGAAGAAAGACAAUACAUGCCAAAUAGUAAAAGAAAAAAUAACAAUCAAAGAGAGAGAGAAAAAUGCACAAGAUGAACUUACGGGUUUUGCAUGCGAAUGUCUUAAAUCAAAAGAAAAUGAAUAUGACAAAAUUGCUAAGGUUUGGGCUAUAGAACUGCCAAAAAUGUCCCGAGAACAACAAAUUUAUGCCAAAAAAGCUAUAAAUGACAUAUUAUUUGAGGGUCAAUUGGGAAAUUUGCAUUGGAAUUCUGUGCAAAUCGAUCCUCUUAUAAUAAGGCGUACUUUUACACCAAUAUACAAUUCAGAUUCUACAUAA